AUAAUUAUUGGAUUAUCUCUUUGCUUUUUUAGAAGAUAAAUAAAUGAAUAAUAGGGAUAACUUAAACUCAUUAUUAAAAGAAGAAUUAAAUGAUUAUUAUAAAGAAGACGCAAAUUAUAUUUCUGAAUAAAUAUCUUACAUUUUUUUCCAUUAAGAUUUGUAUAAAAAUACAUAUAAAAUGAUAGAUGAAGAAUCAAGUCUUUCAGAUGAUUAUGAUGAAGAAGAUGAUAAAAGAAGAAAAUUAAAUAAUGUAUUUUCUAAAUUCGGAAAUGUAAUUUCUUGCGAUAAAAUCGAUUCCACAACCGCUUCUAUAAAAUUUGAAAAGGAAGAAUCUGCUAAAAGAGCUUUGGAAUCUAAUGAAAAGCCAUUUAAAAGGAAUCAGAUAAUUGUUUAAUAAAAAAGAAGUCCUGUUCCUGCCAAACCUGCAUUUUAAUUUAUAAAAAAUGACGAGAAAUAAAAAUUGGAAGAACCAGUAAAAAGAGUUAAAAAUUAAUUAAGUGAAUGUAAAACUGCUAAUGAUGUUAAUAAAUUAGAAGAACAUGAAUUAUUAGCUAAUAAUAUGUAUGAUUUUACAUUAAUAGUAAAAUAUGAAGAUAUAUAAAAUCUAAAUAUGUAAUAGUUUAGGGAAACAAUGUUAUAACAUGGAAGAGUUGAACAUUUUAAGAAAAAUGUAAAAGAAAAUAGUAUAGAAGUUAGUUAUAUUGAAUAUGCUUCAGCUGAAAAAGCUUAUUUUUAACUUUAAAAUGAAUUAGAUAUUUCUUUUAUUCGUAGUCAUAUUUUAAAAUUUAUUUAAUAACCAUAAGAAGAAGAAAAAGAAGUAGAAGAUUAAAAAGAAAAUGAAUAAGAAAAUUAAGGACAAUAAAAUGGAGAACAUUGCUUAUAAGAAAAUGGACAAGAAGAAUAAUAAAUUGAUAAUAAACAUAUUUUUGAUAUAAAUGGGUAAUUAAAAGAUGAUAAUGAUUUUGAUUUUGAUCCUGAUUAUAAUGAUGAUGAAAAUGAAUAGUAAUAUAAUAAAGGUUAAGAUUGAUAGAUUAUAAAUCUUAGUUUUUUUAAUAUUUAAUAAGUACAAUGAAGAUUGAUUUGUUUUUUAUUUGUUUUUUUUGUUAUUUUAAAAAAA